UGGCGCGGGGUGUCCGCCCGCCGGAGGAUGGUCCCGGCGCUGGGGCCGCCGCGCAGCGCGCCCGGCCCGACCGCUCUCUUCUCCGAAACCAUGCCAGAGAUGACAGAGAAUGAGACACCUACUAAGAAGCAGCAUCGAAAGAAAAACCGGGAGACACAUAAUGCAGUGGAGAGACAUCGAAAGAAGAAGAUUAAUGCUGGGAUAAACAGAAUUGGAGAACUCAUUCCCUGCUCCCCAGCACUUAAACAGAGCAAGAACAUGAUCCUGGAUCAGGCCUUUAAGUACAUAACAGAAAUGAAAAGACAGAAUGAUGAACUUCUGUUAAAUGGAGGGAACAAUGAGCAGGCUGAAGAGAUAAAAAAACUCCGGAAACAGUUGGAUGAACUGCAAAAGGAAAACGGGAGAUACAUCGAGCUACUGAAAGCAAAUGAUAUUUGCUUAUAUGAUGACCCUACAAUCCACUGGAAAGGAAACCUCAAAAAUGCCAAGGUCUCAGUUGUUAUUCCCAGUGAUCAGGUUCAAAAGAACAUCAUUGUUUACUCAAAUGGGACUCAGCCCAAUGGAAAUAACCAGGGAGCAUCUGUGCAGGGAAUAACGUUUAAUGUCGGUCAUAAUUUACAAAAGCAAACAGCCAACGUUGUGCCAGUUCAGAGAACUUGCAACCUAGUGACUCCUGUGACAAUUGCUGGUGUUUAUCCCACAGAAAAUAAACCAUGGUCACAACCUACAGUUGCUCCACUGGCGUCUGCCCAGACAGCUCCAACAGGGAAUGUUCUUGAGCUCUCGCCCCCGGAGAACGAGCGAGGUGUGCCCAGCGCUGCUUCUGCCAGCUCACAGGGCACACCUCGGCCUGCAGCAGAGCAGGAACUACAGUGUUCUUCAAAUAACGCACCACAGAAUGAGCAAAAUCCCCCCAAAAGUAAAAGUGAUGAGGAGGGCACUAAGUCAACAAAGAAAACGCUCCCGCAGGGAACCAGCCUUCCUUCCAGUGCCUCCGUGGAAGCCUCCCAAGGUCAGCAGGUGAAUGCAGCUUGCUCAAACACACACAAUUCCAGGAGUGACCUCCAGGAGAGCUGCACCACUUCAACCACGGAUGCAGCUCGUGUGCCACCUGUGAGACCUGCAGAGAGCUGCUCUUCUGCAAAUGUCCCCAAAAGUACGGACGUGGUCAGCAGUGCUGGCGCGCCGGCGACGUCUGCGGCAGAAGGAGUUAAGGCUGUGACAGCAAUAAGCACUCUGGCUGCCAGUCCCCUGGAAAACUGCUGGUCUUUCUCAGGCUCUUCGGGUGUUGGCACUUCAGACUUGAAAAACAUGAGUAGCCUUACCCGGAUGCCUUCAGCUGGGAACACACAGACCACGUGGACAACCUUGCAGCUGGCAGGAAACACGGUUCAGCCGCUGAGCCAGACGCCAUCCGGGAUCAUGACUGCCCUCCUCAGCGAGCCAGUCAAUGCUGCUGGCACCGUGUCUUCUGCCCACAGCAGGCCUUUGACUACAAGCAUCAGUUUGCAUGCUUCUGUGCCUGGGGAUGUCCAGGCAGCUGAACAGAUUGUAGUUACCUUGCCCUCGUGCCCCCCCGUACCUAUACAGCCUUUAAUCAGCCAGCCACAGGUUAAAGCUCAGGCUGCAGGAAACAUCCUUCCAUUAAACUCAGCCAUGCAGGUGAUUCAGAUGGCUCAGCCAGUUGCCUCAGCUGUGACAGGAGCACCAGCUAACCAGAAUGUCAUCAUUCUCCAGCCUCCAAACCCUGCUCCGUGCCCACCCAUUGUGAGAGCGGAAGUUCCCAGCCAAAAUGUUAGUCAGCAAAUUGUAAUUAUACAAGCUGCAAAUCAGAAUCCUCUUCCCCUCCUCUCUGCUCAGCCUUCUGCUUCUGUAAGAGUUCCCGUGAAUGGGCCAACUGCAGUUGCCAACUCCAGUGGCACCAUGCAAAAUGCCUCUCUUCCACAGACUUUUGGAGGGAAACAUCUUGUCCAUAUAUUACCAAGGCCAUCUUCUUUGCCAUCUUCUAGCUCUACGCAGACAUUCUCAGUGACAAUGUCCAACCAACAGCACCCUCAGACUAUCUCAUUAAAUGGGCAGCUUUUUGCAUUGCAGCCUGUGAUGUCUUCAUCUGGAGCUUCAAACCAAGCCCCUAUGCAAAUUAUUCAGCCCACCACCAGCGAAGAUCCAAAUACCAAUGUUGCCCUCAACACAUUUGGUGCUUUAGCUAACCUCAAUCAAAGCAUAUCACAAAUGGCUGGGCAGAGCUGCUUGCACUUGUCUCUCAGCCACCCCACCAAUGCUGCAACUGUCAAUAAUCAGAUUGCCACAGUCAACUGUGUGUCAUUGCCAACUUCUGUGGCAUCUUCAGUGCCUGCAGAGGUUUCAGUAUUAACCAGUGUAUCUAAUACCAUAAACGCUUCCCCACAAAAAGCGGCUGCUGGCUUGCCAUCCAGUGCAAAAUCAAAAAGGACAAACAAAAAGCCAAGCACAAAGAAACACCUAACAGUCAAUAAUAAAGUGUCUUGCCCAGCAGCUCCUUGCAAAGAUGCAGGGAAGGUGGACUGUGCUCCUGUGGAAAUGGCGGCAAAGCCCUCAAGUGGCAAAGGGCCGGCAGAAAGCGCCCCGGCAGCGUCACAGGCUGUAACCACAGCGCAGGCGGGCGGCGCGGCUGCAGCGAGCAGCAUCAGCAUCUCUGACUCUCCUUCCAAAGAGGCUGCAAGCUCUGAGCAGGCAGUGAAAACCCCCUGUGCCCCAGAGCCAAGCUCAGCAGAGGUGCCUGCUUCCUCACCACUGGAGUCUGUAGUGUCAGAGCAGCUGCUGCUCGCUCCCCCGCUGGCCAAAGAUGCUGCUCCUUGCCAGCAGGUGCAGGGAUCUCAGAGCCACCCACCACCUGCCUCUGUCCCAUCAGAGUCCCCCAAACCCUGCACACCCCCCAGCACCUUAACAUCCUCUGGUAAAGAAGCACAGGUUACACACUUGCAGGUUGCAAAUGGGACUUCAGCAGCACAGAGCAGCACAGCAGGUCAUACUUCCAAGGCAGGAAUUAUUUCGGAGUCCUGCAACGUUGCGCAGGAUUCCUCAGUGGUAAUGCAAGAUGCGGACUUGUUAGAGGGACAGGGUCUAAGCAAAAUGCUGUCUGAUCUCACAAAAGAAAGAACAGCUGUGGAAAAAACCUCUUCAUUUACUGUUCAGGGGGAGCAUUCUAAUUUUCCUAUGGAAAGCUCUAAAUCAGCAGAAUCAAAUGCUGAUUUGUCUGAGAAGCAGGAACUCUUGCUGAUGAACACGGAAAGUGACACUCUCUCCCAGCCUCACUCCUGCAUCUCUGAUCAGGAAGUAGUCAGUGCUUCCCUUAUUACUAGCAGGCAGGCAGACUCCCCCAUGUCAACCAGCUCUGGCAGCAGUCGGGGCUUCUCAGUUGCAUCUAUGUUGCCAGAUACCACCAGAGAAGAUGUCACCAGCAGCACCUCUACCAGUACCUGUAACAGCUGCACAUUUUCAGAACAGACUGACAUUGUAGCUCUUGCAGCGAGAGCUAUUUUUGACCAGGAAAGCCUUGAGAAAGGUGGAGGAGGAAUACAGGUUAACACUAGGGAUGUCAUCUCUAAGAAUGAGGUUGCACCUUUGGAGAGAGAGCAACAGCCUUUUAAACCUCAGUCAGUGAAAGAAAACAAUGCAGGGCCGCUGGAAGUGGCACCGAACAAAUUCAGUGCUCAUGAUACAGUACAGACAAAUGUUGAUAGGCAGGUUGAGAAGCCAAGCUGCUCUGUAGGAGGUGUGGAAACAUCAAACACUCCUUUGCAGAUUUCCACUUCCCAGACACCCAGCAUAACCAGUCUAAGCGUGAAUAAUCUGAUUCACCAGAGCCGCAUUGUCCAUCCCCUGGUGAGUUGCUCAGGUUUAUCCCAGUCUUCAGAGCCUGCAAGCAUCCCUGCAACCGUGAGCCUCUCCCUUCCAUCUAGCACAUACAUCAAUCCCUCUCCAGGACCUGCUCUGAUGAGUGAAUAUGCUCAGGAACAGCUGAAUGCUAUCAGGGCAAGCAGCAUGCAGGCUCCCCAGCUGCAGGAAUCCCACUUGAAGCAGCAAACCCAUGAAGGUCGCAAAGACUCUGCCAAGAGGGCCGUUCAGGAUGACCUGCUGCUCUCUACAGCCAAGAGGCAGAAGCAGUGCCAGACAGCACCCAUAAGGCUGGAGGGGAUGGCGCUGAUGAACCGGACCCCAGAGGGUAUUGCUGAUCAAACACAGAUGCUGGUUAGUCAGAUUCCUCCUAAUUCAUCCAACUCAGUGGCUCCAGUGAGCAAUCAAGGGCACGCUGAUGGCCUCAAUAGGUUAUUCCCACCCAACAGCAAUUUCGUAACGUCGGCUUUGAGACAAACUGAAGUUCAGUGUGGUUCUCAGCCACCGCUCUCAGAGCAGCCAGGCCAGGCAGGGCAGCACUUGCAGCCCAUCCAACAUGUCCCUGCCCAAGGCAUCUCUCACCUUCACAGCAAUCACCCCUACUUGAAGCAGCAGCAGGCUGGGCAGUUAAGAGAGAGGCACCACUUGUACCAGCUGCAGCACCACGUCACUCAUGGGGAAAACGCAGUCCACACUCAGCCCCAUGGCGUCCACCAGCAGCGGACGAUACAGCAGGAGGUGCAGAUGCAAAAGAAACGGAAUCUCAUCCAGGGAACACAAGCCACACAGCUUUCUCUACAGCAAAAACACCAUGGAAGUGAUCAAACACGGCAGAAAGGUGGUCAGCCCCAUCCUCACCACCAACAAAUGCAGCAGCAGAUGCAGCAGCACUUUGGAGCGUCCCAGCCUGAAAAGAACUGUGAAAAUCCUGCAACAAGCAGAAACCACCAUAACCACCCUCAGAGCCAUAUCAAUCAGGAUAUUAUGCAUCAACAGCAACAGGAUGUUGGCAGCAGACAGCAAGGUUCCACUUCAGAACACGUGUCAGGGCACAAUCAGAUGCAAAGACUUAUGACCUCGAGGGGCUUGGAGCAGCAGAUGGUGUCCCAGGCCAGUAUCGUUUCCAGACCAUCAGAUAUGACAUGCACCCCUCACAGGCAGGAAAGAAACAGAGUUUCCAGCUACUCUGCUGAGGCUCUCAUUGGGAAGACGCCUUCUAAUUCCGAGCAGAGAAUAGGAAUAUCUCUUCAAGGCCCUAGGGUUUCUGACCAGCUUGAAAUGAGAAGCUACCUGGAUGUUUCUAGAAGUAAAGGGUUGGCAAUUCACAAUAUGCAGGGCCGCUUGUCCGUCGAUCACACAGUUGGCUCGGAUGUGCAGCGUCUUUCUGACUGCCAGACAUUUAAGCCCUCUGCACCCAAUCAACAACCAACGGGCAAUUUUGAUGUACAGGCUUCAAGGAACAGUGAAAUUGGCAAUUCUGUGUCCUCCCUCCGGGGCAUGCAGUCACAAGCGUUCCGAAUUGGUCAGAAUGCUGCGCCAUCCAUAGAGAGGCAGAAGAGACUGCCCUACCCACCAGUGCAGGGUAUUCCAACAGGGAAUACCCUGCCAUCGAGGGAAAACGAAAACACGUGCCACCAAAGUUUCAUGCAGAGUUUGCUCACCCCUCACCUUGGAGAUCAAGUCAGUGGAAGCCAAAGAUCAAUCCCAGAACAUCAAAGGAACACGCAGUGCGGUGCCUCCUCCACAAUCGAGUACAACUGUCCCCCAGCACGGGAGAGCGUCCACAUCCGAAGGGAUGGUGAUGGCCAGAGCAGGGAAAGCUGUGACAUGUCCAUUGGGGCACUUAACACAAGGAACAGUUCAUUGACUAUUCCCUUUUCAAGUUCUUCUUCCUCAGGGGACAUUCAGGGCCGCAAUACCAGCCCGAACAUCUCUGUGCAGAAGUCCAACCCCAUGAGGAUGACGGACAGUCAUGGAACUAAGAACCACAUGAAUACACCCGUGUCCAGCAACAUGCAUGGAGUUGUGAGGCCAGCUCACCCUCACCCUGCAGUUUCUCAUGGAAAUGGCGAGCAAGGGCAGCCUUCUGUUCGUCAGCCAAAUUCUUCGGUCACUCAGCGCUCCCGGCAUCCUCUGCAAGACAAUGGGGGGUCUAAAAUACGUCAGCCCGAAAGGAAUCGAUCCGGAAAUCAGAGACAUGGAAAUGUCUUUGACCCCAGUCUUCCCCAUCUUCCUCUGUCCACCAGUGGCAGCAUGAUCCUCGGGCGCCAACAGUCCACAAUAGAAAAAAGGGGAAGCAUUGUCCGAUUUAUGUCUGAUGGCCCUCAAGUGUCCAACGAUAACGCAGCCCCUGACCAACAUACGCUCUCCCAGAAUUUUGGAUUCCCUUUUAUUCCAGAGGGUGGCAUGAAUCCACCAAUAAACGCUAACGCUUCUUUCAUCCCACCGGUCACCCAGCCUAGUGCCACUCGGACACCAGCUCUAAUCCCAGUAGAUCCUCAGAACACACUGCCCUCCUUCUAUCCACCCUACUCUCCUGCCCACCCCACCCUCUCCAAUGACAUUUCCAUCCCUUACUUUCCCAAUCAAAUGUUUCCCAACCCAAGCACGGAGAAGCCGAGCAGUGGAGGUUUAAACAAUCGAUUUGGAUCCAUUUUGUCUCCUCCCAGGCCUGUUGGUUUUGCUCAGCCAAGUUUUCCUUUGCUUCCAGAUAUGCCACCAAUGCACAUGACCAACACAUCGCACUUAUCCAAUUUUAACUUGACUUCUUUGUUUCCAGAAAUAGCCACAGCUCUUCCUCCAGAUGGCUCAGCGAUGUCACCUUUGCUUUCCAUUACAAACACAUCUGCUUCAGAUUCUUCCAAGCAGCCCUCAAACCGCCCUGCCCACAAUAUAAGCCAUAUUUUAGGUCAUGACUGCAGCUCAGCUGUAUGAAAACUGGCAGACUGACUUCUGGUCUGAUUUGUUGUUUAUAUAUUUAAGAAGAAGGAAGCAGAUCUUAGUGUCACGCCUGGAGAGACCAUUCAUAGCAUCACUGUUUAUUUGCCUCAAUGUAUGUCUCUGGUACUUUCUAUAUUCCGUUGUGUUUCCACCCACCUCACUGACUCUAAAGCACCAGUGCCUAUAGCAAUGCUUACUUACUAGGAAAUGGUAAGGAUGCAGCAUUGAGAGCUGUGCAAAUGCUGGUUGUUGAUUUUCCAACAAUCAGGUUUGAUGUCUGGUUGUCCCAAGGUAAGGGCGGGCCACCCUCAGUAAUACAUGGAGUGAGAGCAUCCGUAUGGAGAUAGGAAACAAGUGCUACAGGUGUCAGUUUGUUACUGAUGUGUUUACCUGAAACUGCAGAGGAGCUAGGAAUGGUUUGGGUUUCUCUUUUUCCUUUGUAAAAUAUCUUCAGGAGCUUCAACACAAGUUAAGUCUGUGUUAACCCAGUGCUAAUUGGAAGAGGCAUUUGUUGUGCAGCUUUUGUCCGUCUCAAGCGUGUCACCUACAUUUAACUUAAGCCUGGCUUUACCUGGUGAAAAUGACUGUGUGCUCCCAUGGUCAGCAAUUAAAAAUACUGUUGUAGAAAAUUUAGAUUUCUUUAACCCAUGACUUUCUGUUUCUAAGAAUCUUGUUUAUAUCUGUUUCAGCAGUGGCUUCAGCUACUGCUGAACUCAGUCCCUGUUUCAUUGUAGCUCACAACUCCUGGUGCAGUCAGCAGAGACAGCAUCCUUGUUUUGUUGCCAUUUCGUUGUUGACUGCUGCAAGUUACCUCAGGGUGGGUUUUGUACCUUGUUUAGCACCUUCUUAAUGUCUUUUUUUUUCCCUCUCUACUUUUCUUUGGCCCAUGCUCUAACACCAGCUUUCUGCUUUCUGACAGCCCUUUGUUGUAGCAGGCAGCACAUGGGAGGAGUACUGAGCCUGUCACAUCCCACAAAAUGAGUGGAGAUUCCUGGGGGCACGGUUUUUACUUGAUAUUGCUGAUAGGAUUGAGCCUGAGUUAAUAUCAGUACUCUGCACUUGAAUGCACCUUUUAUCUAAACCUGUGUGAUUGUGGCUGAAGGAGGAACAUGGAUGUGUUGAGAGUGAAACACACAGGAAGACAUUGGGAUUUGAGGAAGGGUGAUGUGUUUGUAGAUGCACGAGAGAUGGAGUGAAUGUGUGUGCUGGCUGAGUCUCCAGCACUUUCACAAAUUUUGGUCCUAAUUCUUUUAAAGGAAAGGGAAGAAUUAGGUAAAUUUUAUUUAUUUAAUGUCUCUGCAGUGUGCUUUUUCUUCUAACAAGGCAGAAAUACUUGUCUUUUAUGUGUUUGUAAGUACCAUUCUGGGUUUGAUUCUUCAAACAACAUAGUAACUUGAGGUUCCCUGGCAUGCAGUCAUCCUCUGCUUGUGUGUUGCUCACCAGUGCAUCAUCUUGCUGCUCCUGGGACGUGACAAAGCUCCUGGUGAGGGCAUGGGCCGGAGCAGGCUCCCUGGGAUUCUUUGUUUUGUUUAUUUUCCUGUGAAAGGAGGAAAGGAAGAUAUUCCUCCAUGUGAAAGAACAGGACCACAAAGAGGGUCCUAGAACAGUUUUCCACAGCUUGACUGCCCAGACUUUGGUUUUGCUAAGCCCUUUUACACUGAUCCAGGAAAGUAGGGAAGCUUUACCAUCAAAAAUAAUUGGGCUGUGUCUGUAGCCUGUCCUGACAACAUCUCUGCUCUUGUAACCUACAGUCUGCUGUUUUCCUGCAAGGUAAAGUAAAACAGUUCUGAUCCUGGGUAGGAAUCACAGAAUUAGCUAGGUUGGAAAAAACCUUUCAGAUCAUCAAGGCCAACCUAUGACCUAAUCUAACACCUCCUCAUCAACUAAACCACGGCACCAAGUGCCACAUCCAGUCUUUUUUAGUGGAGUGGUGACUCUACCACCUCCCUGCCAGACAAUUAUUCCAUUGCCCCAUCAAUCUUUCAGUGAAUAGUUUUUUUCUGAUGUCUAACCUGAACUUCCCCUGGCACAGCUUAAGCCUGUCCUUUUAUUCUGUCAGCUGCUGCCUGGACAAAGAAUCAACCCCACCUGACUACACCCACCUUUCAGGGAGUUGUAGAGAGUGAUAAGGUCACCCCUGAGUCUCCUUUUCUUCAGGCUAAAUACCCCCAGCU